AUGGUGGACCAGCUUCCAGGAACAUGGAAAUCUCUUUCUUGUGAAAAUUUCAAAAACUAUAUGAAGGAGCUAUGUAACUAUUUAUCUGUUAUUUUCCGUCUAGAACUAGGAAGAGCCAGCAGGAAGCUGAGCUGUUUGGCAAAACCCACUGUGACCAUUAACUCAGAGGGAGAUGUGAUCGCCAUCAAAACCAAAAGCAUCUUUAAAAACAGUGACUCCUUCAAGCUGGGGGAAGAGUUUGAGAAAAUCACACCCAGGGUAUGCAAAAACAAAAGUACAGUAACCUUAGAUAACAGCUCCUUGAUGCAUGUUCAGGACUGGGACGGCAAAAAGGCCACGGUCCGCAGAUGGCUGCUCCAUGGGAAAAUGGUGGUGGUGAUAGCCAUCAAAUGCAGCUCUCCAGCUGCAGGUGAGAACGCGGAGUAUGUAGAAACCAAUCAGCCAGCUAAGGGCUGCAAGUUGGAAGCCCAUGGGUUUCCUCCUCCUAGAGGUUCAGACUGGUGCCAGAACUACACACCCACAGUCAGAACAGACAAAAUAAUUGAACUGAAACUUCAUGAUCUGGCUGCAGCACCCCACUGGUAUGUGUUGCAGACGACAGGUGCUCCUGUGGGAAUUCUUCUUAUGGCCAAUGCCAACCGACUCCCAUUAAGCUUGUCUGAGUUUAGGCUCCUGGAGAGCAUCUAG